AUGAAAAUCGCAUAUUUAUUGUUGUGCUUGGUUGUCAUCUAAGGAAUCGAAUUCGAAUCAUUUUAAAGGGCUAUCGACUUUGAUCCAGCAUCAAUAGACUCUCCUAAUUGUAAAACAGAUGAUGAAUACACAAACACUUAUGAAGCGUAUUGAAAAACUUAAUGAAAGAUUCUUCCCUUGGAUUACUGUCUUAGAAGAAGGUGAGGUUGAAAUGCAAGAAGAUCACAGUGUGCUAUCAUAAGCGAAAGAGAAGAUCAUAUAGGCUAGGGAAUUUAUUGAAAGUUUGGAUGAAGGUUAAUUAUAUUUCAUUCUUAGAACUCCAACAAGAGAAACAAAAAGAGCCUGAAAAUUAGAAUAAUGAGAGUAGCUCUUAGGUUCAAGAUGCUUAGACAGAAAAAGCUGGAGAAGCAGUAGAAGAAUAAGUAAAGCAAGAGGAAAAAGCGGAUGAGGAUGAAGAAGAGGAUCCUUUUGGUUGGGGAACAGGCGAAAUUCCUUAGCUUCUAGUCCAUAAGAAGGAGAGAAAAGCUCAUAAGAAUACUCAUGCAUUUAUUCAAAUAAUGAAUGGAAAUAAGUUAUCUAAAUUCAAGAGUGUAUGAUUUAUGAUUGAUGAUUAGAAAAUCAGUAAGCUAAUUUCAAUGGCAACUGAAAUGUAGGAUAAUUAGGAUGAGGAUGCUUAGAAAAGAAGACAAAGAAAAAUUGAAUUAUGUGAUGAAAUCAUAGAUGAGUUAACAGACAUGAUUUUAUUUUUGGAAAAAGUGAUGAAUGAUUAUGUAAGAAAUUUUAUGAUAUGUAAUAGGAUUAUUAAAAUGAAAUCUAUGAAUUAUUUAAGAAAAAGCAACAACAGAUUUAAGAAGUGGCAACUAAUUGUGGUCAAAGAGUGAUUAGUUAUUAGGAUGUGAGUUUGAUUGAGGAGAAGAAAUCCUAAGAGAAAAAGAAAAUAUAGCAUCAAAUAAAAUCUAAGAGAAGAAAUCCAGUUAGUUUUUUGUAAAUUGUUAUUGACGAUGAAGAAAGUUAAUAACAUCAACUAGAAUACUAAAAAUAAAUAUUGUAGAGUUAAGGAAUGUUGGGAUUCUUGAGAGCAUCUGGAAAAUAAGUAAAAUUGAUAUAAUGA